AUGGUGUCCGUGCUCCAGCCGAUGCUGAGCCAGGUGAACCUCGCGCGCGCCGCGGAGCAGCAGCGGAGCGCGAGCGGCGCGGCCCAGGCCCAGUUCGCCCGGGGCGGCGGCAAGCUCCGGCCGCCGGCGGCGGGCCGGCGCCGGCCGGUCUACGAGCCCAUGCCGCCCGCGGAGAUCUCCUGGGAGCGGGUCUUCGAGACCGCGCCGUUCGGCAUGGCCAUCGUCGGCGGCGACGGCGACGUCGAGCGCGCCAACGCCAAGUUCCGGGCCCUGACGCGGCCGGCGGCGGCCGACGCGCCGGCGCCGGCGCCCGCGGCGCCGCCCGCGGACGACGACGCGGCGGCCGCGGCCGCGGCCGCGGCGGCCGCGCGGGACGCGCUCGACGGCGAGCGGCGGGAGAAGCUCCGGGACGUCGUCGAGCGCGCGGCGCGCUGGCGCGGGCCCUUCGGGGACGCGGAGGCGGCGGUCCUCGCGGCCGCGCGCGGCUCGGGCGACCUCCGGUUCGUCCGGCGGCCGAACGCCGACGACGCGGACGCGCUCGCGCUCGCGGCCCACGGCCUCGUCGACGACGACCUGGGCGACGCGGGCGCGCCGGGCGGCGGCGACGGCGGCGACGCCCUCGACGACGACGACGGGGCCGACGCGAGGGCGGGCUGCGUGCUCGCGUACGUCGGCGACGCGGCGCUGCCGCCGGGCGAGGCGCCGCGCGCGAAGCGCCGCAAGCCGCCGCGGCCCACGGGCGCGUCGCUGACGCUGUCGACCGUCGACGUCGACGCCCCCCCGCCCGGCGAGGGGCCCCUCGACGCCGACGAGCCGAAGCGCAAGGCGCCCGCGCACGCGGACCGGCCCCCGGCGAAAAAGGCCAAGAAGCAGCCGCCGCCGCCGCCGGCCCACGACGACACCGCCGAGCCGCCGCCGGCCAAGGCGCCCGCCGCGGCGAAGAAGGCGCCCAAGGGCAAGCAGGCGUCGAAGAAGGCCGCGCCGAAGAUGGCCGCCAAGGCCAAGGGCAAGGUCCUCGCCAAGGAGCUCCCGCCGGCCCACGACGACGACGACGACGACGACGACGACGACGGCGAGCCGCCGACCGUGACGCGGGGCGGCCGCGUCUCCCGCCCGCGCGGCCGCUAG